AUGGCCGCUACGGCAAUGGAGGCUUCCUCGGCCGAGGCGCGCCUCACCGAGGCCAAAAAGUUCGAAUAUUUCAGCUCCAUCAACUCCAUGGCGAGAAAGAUCAUGCAGGAGAGAGAGAAGAUAAAGGAUCAGUACGGUUCGGCCUGGGAGGACAUGACUCCGGUUGAACAGGACUCGGCUAUAGAUGACGGGAUGAUGGAGCCCAAAAUCCGCGCUCGCUACGGGAUGCACCGGGUGGAGCGGUCAGAGGUGCAGUGUUACCCCAAACUGCUCAUUCAAACCGGGCAGAAAAUAGUCCACUUCGGGGACGAGGAUCUUACGUGGCAAGACGAGCAUUCUGCGCCCUUCUCCUGGGAAACCAAAAGUCAGUUGGAAUUCAGCAUGAAUUCGGGUUCUUCUGAGCCCGUCUCAAACUCUGCAACAGAAUCCAAACCAAAAACGACCCAGAGCGUCAAACUUCCUGGCAUUGAGGUUUCAGGUUCGGCUCGCCGUGAUGAAGAGUCCUCCUUCUGGAAGCUGAGUGCUGAGAGAUCCCGUCUGGAGGGCGAGAAGGCCGACUUCCAGUCUCUCACACCCAGUCAGAUCAAGUCAAUGGAGAAAGGCGAGAAGCCGCUGCCCUCGUACCUGAGAAACGAGUCCGUCUCCAAAGAGUCACAGGAACCCGCACCAUCUCGCUCAGUAAAACAGAGAGUCAUCAAACCCCCUGCUCCUCCUCCGCCAGCUCCAAUCAGUGUGACCCCGGCAGCCAUGACGGUGACUCCGACUCCCCCUGCGCCACAGGGAGGAUGGGAGAAGUCACAGAGCACGCUGCCAUCCGUCAGCAGCAUUCCGGAUGAUGUGUUCACUCCUAAUUUCACUCCCAAAACACAGACAGAACCAGCUAAAGAUGUGGAGAAGGAGGAAAGCUCACAAGCUGCAAGCCCAACCUUCUCACAAUUUAACACUAGUAGCAACAUCCUGAGGACUGGCUUUGAUUUCUUGGAUAACUGGUAACAUCUGAGCAGCAGAGUGGUGGAUCCAUUCCAGGCUAAAGGACCUUCAGCUUUCACACCAGACAACCCACCCACACUUCUCUAUAGAGCUGUUACAGACCUGUUACAUGCAGAGCUGUGACAGCCCAGCUCAUGUUUAUAGGACCUUCAUGAAGCUUCAGUUAAUGUUACAUUGGAAUUAAGAAAUUCUUUAAUUAAAGUCUUUUAAUUUAAAAAGUCCACACUACUAAAACAUAUUAGUUUUGGACCUACAGGAAUAAACCUUUCUGAAUGGUUCAAGACACUUGUAGCUAUGGUUGAAUUAAACCUUAUUAUUGGUUGAACAGGUACCAUCAGCAGGAGUCCUGAGGACCUAGCUCUCUGUUAGGAGUUUAGCAUGUUCUUCUAGCAUGUGUUCAUGUAGUAUUUCAGAUACUCCAGUAUCAUUAUAUACCUUGCAGAUUGACUACCAGGGGGAACAACAUGAAAUAUUGGCCAAGUUAGUUUUUUAGUUUGUGUAGGUUCAAUGUAGGUCAAUCUAAGGGCUCCUCAUACUCGACCCUGUAGUAAAAAGCCGCUAAAUCUGAUCCUGUUAAUGAUGUAACCAGUUCAGUAUCAGACUCAAGAACACAACAGUGCAUGAAAAAUCUAAAAUCUGAUGGUAGCUUUUGCUUAGUCAUAACUCACAGUGUCAGUUUAGAUCCUAACUCAUCAACUUAUCUAAAAUGCAUUCAUCUCAUUUCAUCCCAUUUUCAUGUUUUACUAGUGCUUUAUCCUGGUCAGGGUCACAGUGGGUUCAGUUUUGCCAGAAUCACCGGGCACAGUGCAGUAACGCACCUCAGACAGGACACCAAUCCAUCACGUCGUAUCUAAAAAAUAAUAAUAUAAUCGAAAUGGCAAAAAUCCAUAGAAAAUAAAAGCCAGAAAACACUCAAGGUUUCCCUUUUCCUCCAAAACAUGCAGAAAGUGGAUUGGCUGCCUUAGGUAUGAGUGAAUAAGUGACUGCAUGUAUGUGUUUGUUGCCUGAUGGUGUAUACCUGCCCUACAGCCAAGGUUUUCAGCGUGAUCCUGACUAUGAUGAAGCAGUUAUUGAAAAUGAGGAAUGAAAAUAUAUCAAAACUCAAAACAAAAAUACCAGCUUGAUAGAACACUAACUAGACUCCACUAGCCUGUUGGUAUUGUAGGGUUUUUUCAGACUGAACGGUGCCCUUUCUCGGCAUUUUGUAGGUUAUUUUUGUUACACAGACCUGAGUACUAGUGUUGUACAUGAAUCUUGAUGUAAGAAAGAUGAAUCAUGGCUUUGAAAUGAUGCAUUUUACACUACGCUAGUUUUCUAGAAUUUUCUACGCAACCUGUCAUUUAUGAUCAUGUAUCGCUCUUGCAACCUGUAAAAGAAGUAUUUAUAAUAUGUAUUUCUUUCUGCUUCCUUCUCUUGACUUUCUCUUUCCCCUUCUGAUACAUGAAUGUUUGAACAUACAUUAAAAAU